UGAGGAGAAGAAUGUCAUGAACAUGGAGUGGCGAAAUGCUCUUUCAACCUGUCCUCUAUGCGAGAAGAUCGCCAGCUCUGCCACUCUUCUCCCGCCGCCGCUGCUCUUACUCCGCCCAAAGUCAGGCGCCGGAGCUUUCUAUCGGCUCUCCGGCGCGCAUUCGCAAGCUCAUUGCCUCCCAGCGCGAUCCUCUCCUGGCCAAAGAGAUAUACGACCUCUCCUCCUCCAUCAUCCCUCCCACUCCCUCCCAUCUCCAAAUCCUAAUUCUUAAACUAGCCCGCGCAGGCCGCUUUUCUCUCUCCCUUUCACUUCUCCGCCGCCUCCCCUCCCCUCCCUCCCUCUCCCUUCUUUCCUCCCUCUCCCUCACCUUCUCCCGCCUAUCCCGCCCCGACCUCGCUUUCACCGCUCUCCGCCUUCUCCCUCCUCACAUCCUUCCCCCUCACCUCCUCCGAGGCCUUCUCACUGCCCUCUCAUCCCAGCCCUCCUACCUCCCGGCGGCUCUCUCCCUUCUCCGCUCUCACCCUCACCUCCCUUCUCAAAACCUCCUCCUCCGUUUCCUCUGCCGCGCUCGUCGCCUCUCCAUUGCCAUCCCCCUGUUCCAUCGCCUUCAACUCCACGGCCUCUCCCCUGACGCUUCUUCUUACCGCUUUCUCAUCCAGGGCCUCUGCCGCCGCGCCCAACUCUCAUCCGCCCUCUCCUUAUUCGAAGAAAUGCUCAAUCGAGGCCUCAGCCCCGAUAACCUCACUUGCACCACUGUUCUCAACGCCCUUUGCCGGAAAAAGCAGCUCCGGGAGGCCUUCAAGCUCAUCUGCCGCAUGAGGCUUUGGGGAUGCGCACCCGAUUUAGUGCAUUUUAAUACGCUUAUCAUCGGAUUCUGUAGGGAGGGGCGUCCACUUUAUGCAGGCAAGCUGUUUGACGAAAUGCAUGCGAGUGGUGUUGUACCUGAUCUGUUGUCUUACACGAGUCUGGUUAAUGGAUUAUGUGCUCGAGGAGAGCUGGAUAAGGCUAAUGGGUAUUUAGCUGAGAUGGUGGUAAAGGGCCUGGUGCCACAUUUCUCGGUUUACCAUGCACUUGUCAGAGGGUUUUGUAAUGCAGGAAAGGAUGAGGAGGGUUGUAGAAUUGUGGAGGCGAUGCUAAGGAAGGGCGUUGUUCCACAUGUGGAGACAUGGAUGUUUGUGGUUGCAGCAGUGUGUGCGAAUUAUUCUGUGGACGUGUUCGAUGGGAUUAUUAUGAAGAUAACGAGGGAGGAGGAGUGGAGGAGGAGCACAAGGUUAGUGCAAGCAAUUCCUCUUCUGGAUGAUGUAAUUAACAGGUUGCGGAAUAAGGAAUGGCGCAGGACAUAGGGUGGAAAAGUUAUCUUUGCAAAUAAUUAUUAGCUCAGAAAGUUGCUUGGCAAUUGACAGGAAAUAAUUGCUUGUUUUUCAAAUUGAAAGACUCGAUCUGUUUGGAAGGCAGUAUUAUUGUUAUUAUUGAUGAUUAUACCACACUUCUCAAGGAAAUUUUACAUAAUGCUACGCUGGAGAGUUUUGUUUGCAGUCUUGAUGACGACUACAGGCAGUCAGCUAAGGGCAUCAGUUGCCUUUUCCUUCAACCAGUUACAAGUUCUUGCCACGGUCACAGUUCUUCCUACUGUUGCAAAAUUCUCAAGGCAAUGCUUCAGUUAAUUGGAGAUACUAUUUAGUCGCCUAGUUGAACAGUACUUCUAUCAUUCAUGGUUUAAAGAAUCAUUUGAGACGCGCGCCGCAAAGCACUUCUUACACUGAGACGCUCAACAAAAUAUGUUGAGGUUUUAGCCUCAUUAUCGCUCUCGAGGUUCAAGCCUUUUUAAUAUUAGAAUAAUCUCAGAGGCUUUAUGCCUAGGGCGGUGAGGUGUUAUCUUUAUGAAUAUAUACAUAACAUUUUAUUUUAUAUUGUGAUGACACUUCCCCCUUAAUCCCCCUCGCUUUGUAUCCCUAUCUGACUUGCUCUAGCCUUUUUUUUCCCCCUCCAGCAAGGCCUUUGGGUUUUUUCUCUUCUAAUACCUCUUACAUUCUCGGCCACCCCCAUUCUUUAAAUUGUAAGGGGCUUCUUGUUUCCCAAUUUUCCUCCAACUUCAACCUCACUUUCAACUUGUAAAGAAUAAAAUAUGGUUUUCUUUAGAAGUGGUUGAAUGUUGUAAACAAUGGAGCAUUGUUUUGGUUGGUUAUGUUCAUGGAAAACGUUGUUUCUAUCGAGCUAUUAUUAAGCUAUGGAAUUAGUCAUUGCUACUAUCAAGCUGUUCUUGGUAAA